AUGGACAAUCUUCUAUUGCACUCUACUAGCUGGAACAAUGUCUUUUUGGGAAGCGGCGCAUCGCAAGUUUCGAGUUUGAGCAAAGUUCGUUUGCAUCGGCGGCAAAGGAACAGGCGCUAUAGGUCAGCGCUUCUCGUAGAGGGUACAGUCGAUGAUGCAUUUGAUCCUCGGACCAGGGCACAUGGGGUCCCACGAGCAUACAAAGUCAAAUUCACCGAUGCGACCGCCUCCCACGAUCGCUCUCUGGACGAUUUGACUAUUGUGUUUGGCCGUCUGGGUGAUGCGGCGGGUGGCAUACUGCUAGGGAACCACCACAUUGGUCCUCAAGAUGUCACCCUGUCCACAAGCACCAAAACGUAUACCUUCUCUACUACGUUGGACCUUGACGUCGACGGCGAGAGGCAGAAGGUGCCGGUGGCCGGUUAUGUUAAUUUUGAAUCCAGAGUGCCCGCGGGCCAUUUGGAAAUCAACUGUCGCCUUUUCAAAGCAACGUUUAUUCCAUCACCGCUUUACUUUCAAGUAAAGAUUUCACACAACGCUGGGGCAUAUAGAAGCUCUGCCGACAAUUCAUUAAAGUGGGAUACUGGUAGCGGGGAAUGGGCCAAUGCCACCUGGGAAUCAUCAUUGGUAUUUGGAUAUCGGGUGGUAAUUCAGGAUGACCCUAUCAUGCCACGGAAAUUUAUCGAGAAUUUCUUUCAUGACAAAGCUUCGGAUCCUGAAACUUUGCUCGAACUCAAAAAUGGCAUUGGAUACUCGUGCAUCAUGCAAGGGGACAUUAUGCAAACUACUACUUCAAGUGUUCCGCCGCCACCUGGUGAACGUGCUAAACAGCCCGUUCGUUCGGCUUUUCCAGAUUUAUUCGUCGUGAAAUUUGAAGAUUUCGGGGGCACUUUUAACGGAGCCUACGAGUGGAAGGACCAAGGCAACGACACCAGUCACGUUUAUGCUGUUAGUGGGAAAGUGGACUUGCCCGUCUCUUCAGCCUUGCCGUUGCUGGCUUCAGGGAAGAAUAAAAAGCAAGCUUCUAGUCUGUUUGGCUUUUUGGAGAAUAGGGAAAAAAGUAUCAACACUGCCGAUCCACCCCUCGAGGUUACGACUCUCCUCAACAACGAUCCGAUGAAAUGGGUGCCGGAAAUUGGAGAGUACCGCGAUGAGGCUGCGUCUCGAGCUAUGGAGGAUUUCUACGAAAUUAUCAAGUACUACCUGGAUGAGGAUCUUCGGAAAACCUUCAUCAGUGCCACACCCAUUAUUUUGCCAGACAAGGUAAAAGCAAUCGCAGAUGAUCAUCCAGACAACUAUAUAUUUUAUAAAAAGCUGCAAGUACCUUACCUGACCACAGUGCUUAGGACGAGUACACUGGAUGAAGGCGCCGUCUGCAAUGCAAAGAGAGCAGAAAAAUUGCUGGGCUCACUACCCACGGAUGAUGAAGUGUACAAAAGACAUUCCAGUGCGCUGUAUCGAAUGCAUUAUCUGGAAAUGUUUCCAUCUACUCGCGAUUUCCUAGACGACCAGCAGAACAAAAAUUACUCAAGUGAUAUUGACAAAAUAGCGAACGUUCUGAAAAAUCGGCUGGCUGAAACAAGUGAAGAUCUGAAACCUACUAAUCCUGACUAUGAGGCGGAUCUAGCCAAAGCGCAAGCAGAUAUUGAGAAUCUUGCGGCAUGGGCAAAGCGGAAGAAGCUAUACUGGGCUUAUAUGGUCCUAUAUUGGGUUGAGUUUUCAGCUAUUCCUCAGUGGUAUUCACAAUAUAUCAACGGCACACUGUCCGAAAGCGUCGGGAGACAAAUCAAAAAGCUUAAUUCAAUAUUCGGCACCGUUGAAAAUGACCAGGUCAACACAGCGGAGGGCGGCCGCUCGUUUAUGGAGGCUUUUAAUGAUGCAGUCCGACUGUUCCAAAUGUCCAGUAUUAUUCCCCAGUUGGUGGAUCUCGACAGAAACAGCAGUGACUACGACUCCCUCGUCAAGGCUGCCCUGUACGAAUUCUGGGAGAAGAAUAAGAAUAGCAGCACUCCAGAAAUAGCCCAGCAGGCUGAGCUAGCCAAGCAGCUUUUCGAGAACGACCAGCUGCGGAGAAACCUCCAGUUGAGUUUGAGGUCUGCCCAGGCUCUCGCAGGAGGGUUUGCAAGUUGGAGCGUUCUUAUGGGCAAAUGGGAAAAUAUAGUCACUGAAACGGGCUGGUACAAAGCACUGGGGAGUCGUGCACGAGGACUCUUUACGACUAUACAAACCUUGUCCGCAGCGGCAAUGAUCGCCAUGCCAUUCUUCACCGGAGGGUGGAGUGAAAUGUCUGAUGCUCAGAGAGCCUCGUGGGUAAUGUCUAUUGUGGGUCUUGCUGGUGGACUGGGCUUCAGGAUCGCACGGGGUAUUGUUACAAUAGCGGGCCUUUUCGAGCAUAUAUCUACUCUGAAAGACGUCAUGAAAGUUUUCUUUAAAUUUGAUAAAUUCAUGAGUGAAAUCCCGGAUGCUGCGAAUAAGAUAUCGGCCUCCUUCGCGAAAUAUUUCACCCGAACAGCGAAACAGGUCUUAGGGAUAGAAAUGCUAGAAGAGAUUAUUCCGGUGAAGCAAUUUUCUCAGAUCGCAAAGAUAUUUGGUCGGAAUAUAUCGGAGAUUCUUGCAUCAGUAGCAGGCAUCGUGCUGGCGGUAACUGGGCUUGUUUUCUCCUCAAUGGAUUUGGCUAAAGCACAAGAGCCGCUUGAAAUUGCAUAUCAUCUGAUGCUCAUUCUAUCUUCAGCAAUUCAACUCCUCGGCAUUGUUGCUGGCUGGAUUGCCGGGGCUAGCUGGCUUCCGUUUAUGGUUACCCCGAUAUUGUCAUAUGUUGGCACAUUGGCAGGACCGCUGUCAGUUGUUCUCGCUGUCGUGGGCGUGAUUAUUUACGUGAUAUAUUUGUUCAAGAAAAAGCCUCCGAAUCCAGUAGAGCAAUUCAUAAACAACCACGUUAAACCAGCUAAGCUGUACAUGGAGCACACCGCUAUCGAUUAUUUCGAUGUCAUCACCUCAGAUAAAGGAGAGCUAUCGCGGGUUGGGCUGAGUAUACAAGGAGCUGGUCCGGAUGCAAGCCCCAGCGAACAGGUUUAUCUCCAACUCACUGGAACAGAGCCACCAGCGACGUUGGCCUACGGUCAGACACUUGGUUUUACCACUGACGACGUUUGGAGUUUGCAGACCAACGGGAACGGCGAAAGCCAAAUAUCGACACAGAAAUAUUUCACCGAUGAUGAAGGUAACAAGUACCGCACUGUCUGGUUCAUUGGUCGCGCAGAAAACGACCAGACCAAGUUGACCCUUAUCCAGCUGCCUAGUCGCAAAGAUGAACCAGACAAACCUAUUGGAAUAUCGAAGUGGCUGCAGCGCCAGAGAAAGACCCUGAAUCUCAACAGCUCUCUACUGCUCUUUGCAGGAUCAAACAUGAAUCCAAACUCCAAAGACCCAAGAGGCCUCAAAGUUGUUAAGGAGUCUGACAUUAGCAAAGGCCGUUAUAUUUACCUUUGGAUGUUCAAUAUGGAGCCUCUUGGCCCUGUUAACUUUUCCUAUAUGCAUAACCCAUGGACACUCAUAGAAGGCAAUGCAGAUGAAGUGAAUGGCGUUAUGUGGGAUGAAACCCAGUCUACCAGCGCAGGGUUGCAGUGGAGUAUUUCGCCAGCUUUGAACGCAAAUGUCUUUGAGUUGAUCAAGACAAGCGGCUCAGAUGAAGGUAGCAUUAGCAUGAAACCAGGGGUUAGAGCACCGGUGAUGCCCAAAACGACGUACACAGUCACCUGUACGGCUUCGCUACCGGGAAACAAGACCGCACAGAAGAAGGCCACAGUCGAUAUUAGUGUUGAAGCGGAAUGA